CUCUUCCUCCAAAGCCAGCGAAGCCCCAGCAGCCCUCGUCAGUCGGGACUGGAGGGGGCAGCAGCAACGGAGUGAAAGAUGGAGGAGCGGGAGGUUCACUGCAGGAGGCCGAGUGGUACUGGGGCGACAUAUCCAGGGAGGAGGUGAACGAUAAGCUCAGAGACAUGCCCGACGGGACCUUCCUGGUUCGGGACGCUUCCACCAAGAUGCAGGGCGACUACACGCUCACACUGAGGAAAGGGGGCAACAACAAGCUGAUAAAGAUUUACCAUCGGGACGGGAAGUACGGAUUCUCGGACCCGCUGACGUUCGGCUCAGUGGUGGAGCUCAUCAGCCACUACAGACACGAGUCUCUGGCUCAGUACAACACCAAGCUGGACGUCAAACUCAUGUACCCCAUCUCCCGCUUCCAACAGGACCAGCUUGUAAAGGAGGACAACAUCGAUGCUGUGGGGAAGAAGCUGCAGGAAUACCACAAUCAGUACCAGGAGAAGAGCAAAGAGUAUGACCGACUGUAUGAGGAGUACACCAAGACGUCUCAGGAGAUCCAGAUGAAGCGGACGGCCAUCGAAGCCUUCAACGAGACCAUCAAGAUCUUCGAGGAGCAGUGCCACACGCAGGAGCGCUACAGCAAGGACUACAUCGAGCGCUUCCGGCGCGAGGGCAACGACAAGGAGAUCGAGCGCAUCAUGAUGAACUACGAGAAGCUCAAGUCUCGGCUCGGAGAGAUCCACGACAGCAAGGUGCGGCUGGAGCAGGACCUGAAGACGCAAGCCAUGGACAACCGCGAGACGGACAAGAAGAUGAACAGCCUGAAGCCUGACCUCAUACAGCUGCGCAAGAUCAGGGACCAGUACCUAGUCUGGCUCAAUCACAAAGGAGUUCGACAGAAACGAAUUAACGACUGGCUGGGAAUCAAGAACGAGAACACUGACGAAGGCUACUUUGUCACAGAGGAGGACGAGAACUUGCCUCACUACGACGAGAAGAGCUGGUUCGUCGGCGACCUGAACAGGACGCAGUCGGAGGAGCUGCUCAUCGGGAAGCCGGACGGAGCGUUCCUCAUCAGAGAGAGCAGCAAAAAGGGCUGCUACGCCUGCUCUGUAGUUGUCGAAGGCGAGGUG